AUGGCUGAUUUCUCGCGUCUGCCCACUCGAGGCGGCUCCUCCUCCUGUUCCUCUUCCUACCACUCCAACUCCUCCCCGGCGCCUCCUCCCCCUCCUCCGCCCGCACCGCCGCUGCAACAGAGGUAUUCCAAUCGUGCCGCCAGCGCUUUGGCACGAUUCGCCCAGCCUUUCUUUUCCGGGUCGAGGCCUCCUAGUCCACAAACUUCAGCUGGGAUUGUUGGUUCUCGUGCCGAUCUCUCAGCUGCUCCCCGGUCUAACCGGUCCAAGUCAUUACCCGGUGCAUCCCAAACAGUUACUCAUAAGACCGGCAUCCCUAUUGCUGCCUUGGAUAUCUCUCCACAACGUACCCAUGCUGUCAUCGGAGGUAAAGAGAUUCUCAAGACUAUCCGUGUAUCACCUGCCCAUUCGUCCGAGGAAUUCAAUCUUCGGAAUGCCAUCAUCAGCUACUCCUCCACCCAUCACGUUGGUAGUGGACUCUCCGCCCGGCACAAAGACCAGCUGACUGUGAGGGAUGUCAAGUGGUCACAUGGCAACUAUGACCGGAUCAUCGCUACGGCGGUAGCUAAUGGUCGCAUUGUUGUCUACGAUUUACACCGGACUGGCCUAGAGUUCUGCCGGUUUCAGGGACACAGCCGUCAGGUGCAUCGGUUAGCUUUCAACCCGCAUUUCCCAGCAUGGCUGCUGUCGGGGAGUCAGGAUUCCACCAUUCGGAUGUGGGAUCUGCGAAUGGCUGCCUCGGAGCGUGGUGUGUCGACCUGUGGAAGCAAGGAACUAUACAAUGGCAACAGCGAUGCUGUUCGGGAUAUAAGGUGGUCGCCGAGUGACGGUGUCAUGUUCGCAACUGCCACAGACAGCGGUGCCGUCCAGUUGUGGGAUUACCGUAAAACUGCUGCUCCGUUGCUGAGAAUUGCGGCCCACGACCGACCUUGCUUCUCAGUGGAUUGGCAUCCCGAUGGAAAGCAUAUCGUCAGUGGUGGCACGGACAAGCAGGUCAAGGUCUGGGAUUUUUCCUCGUCGGCCGAGCGAAGACAGAAACCGACCUUCCAGUUCCGAACCCCCCAAGCUGUACUUAAUGUCCGGUGGCGUCCUCCGUCCUGGGCCGGAGAAUCAGGUUCAAGUGACUGGCAAUCAUCUCAAGUAGCGACUUCCUAUGACAAGGAAGACCCGCGAGUGCAGCUCUGGGAUCUUCGACGACCCCAUAUACCGUUCCGAGAAUUCGAUCGAUACGACACGUAUGCGGCAGACUUGCUCUGGCAUUCCAAAGAUCUUCUAUGGACGGUGGGUGAUGCAGGCGCAUUCACGCAGACGGAUAUUCGGUACGCGCCGCAAGUGGUCAACCAACGGCCGACCUGCUCAGUAGCCUGGAGUCCCAAUGGUGAAAUGGUCGCAUUUGGUCAAAAGCGCCCCAGACGGAGCACCCGUGGUCUCAGCACCACUGAAUUCCUGGGCUUUCAGGACGACGAAGGCAGUAGCGGUGAGAAGCUAUUGAGUCAGAGCCCGGCAGACGAUAUCCUUGGCGAGCCCCCUCUACCGCCCUCAAUUCGUCACCGACACAGUAAAUCAACCAGCGCUGCCCGACCAUCCAAAUCUUUGGGCAGUACUCCGCCUGGUGCACCAGACUUUACUCCAGUUCUCGCACUGGACAAAGCACUGGCCAAGGAUAAAGCUCCCGGUUCACGUCAACUGGGAGCUGUUGGUACUAUACCCGGAGCCACGAUGGAUCCGGUCCUCUUUCGAUAUCUAGCCCGCCAAUAUUCGCCACUGAUGGAGGACAUGGCUGGCAAACGAACGCAGGUAGAUGUGUUGCGGUCUUUGCUGGAGUCGCUUGAUCACAAUGCAGAGCACGCGGAAAAUGCUUCUCAGCUUAAAUUAGCUCAAACUUGGAGAAUCAUCAAAUUUGCCGUCGUUCAAGAGCUUCAGCUCAAAGCGAGAGAGCAACGCCAGACUCCCGAAAAGGGAAAUAGCAGUGUAAAGAAGAAGAUGUCCAAAGAGGGCCUAUUAUCGGAAAAAUCCCGCCCUUUGGAGGAUGGCAAACAGGACAAGAUGAAAAAGCGGUUAUUUAAAGGAGUCAUGGAGACGGAAGGGCAAAGAAAUCCGUUGUCAGACACGGAGAGCGCUUCAAACAUGACUACCCCUCUUGCGCAACCAUUACCCGACUCCCCAGUUGGCUCUUUUGACAGCACUGACUCCCAGAUCACGUCGUUGAAUGACGAUCUAGCUGAUAUCCAGCCCCUGCCCCCGUCAGUUCUGAGCUCCUCAAAUCAAGGUACCAUGAGCUCCAAUGGUUGGUCAAUGUCCGACGUUGAUCCCCGUCCUGUAGCGCAACUCCGGCACCGCCAGUCCAACGGCAGUGAACCUGUACCCAUUCCGUCUGACAGCCUCCCGUCCGACCAACUGCGCGGAUCAGUGCCACCAGAAUUACACGGCGAUCAAAGAUCCGCGCCUCGAGCGAUCACUGGAAGGGCAGACUGGCGUGACAUGGGGCAGGAGGACUUUCCAAAGGAGGGUUCAACGGAUUAUUAUGAUCAGAAGCUAGAGGACAAGAGAGCGGCCAUUCGUGACUAUAAACUCUUUCCAAAGAAGCCCUUGUCACUUGAAUCACCCAUGGAUCCUACUAAGGCUGCUGGAUUUCACCGGCAUGGGUCAUCAGAAAGUUUCCCAAUGUUUUCGGCCUCUACAGAGAGUUCCCAUCCUGCGAAGUCAACUGGGGCUUCAUACACCUCUAAUUCGAAGUUGUAUGAGGCUUCUAAUAUUGCUAGUCAUAAUAGCAUAGAAGGUGGAGAGGUAGAUGAGAAUGGUAUAGAGGCUCCGCUCUUAACCCCGGGGACAGUACAAGAUGGGGUUGAAAUACGGGGCGGAGCUUCCUUUGGAGAAAGCCCUCCUGAUACUAAUCAUGUUCACCUCGAAAGGCCUUCUAGUCCUCCUCCACUCUUGACUGAAUCCAGUCCUAUCAAGACACUGGAGCAGGAAGCCGAUUCUCAAAUUAUCGACCCCUCGUCAGAUGUGCAGUCAACUCAUUUUGUAAUUCCUGGGACAAAUGAGGACCUCUCGGGAGUGACUCUUCCUAUUACCCCUGAUGUGACUGAAAACAAACCCUGGAGUGUUGAAGUCUUGCUGAAAGAGGCAAUCAGACACUAUCAUAGUAGCAGUCAGGCUGAUAUCCAGUCUGCUGCUCAUUUGCUCCAUAAACUACACGUUCUUUUCCAAGACUGUGAAAAGAUUCUCCCCUUUGAGGAUUGUGAAAUGAUCUUCCAGACCUAUAAUGAACAUCUCCUGCGGCAAUUCAUGUACGUUGAGGCGGCUGAACUUCGGCAGCUUUGUGUCCCAUCUUACCCAUCGGUUUAUGAAUACGCGCAGACGGACUCUUUCAUGAAUGUGUUCUGCUUCACCUGCAAAAGACCAUAUGAGAAUCCAAGGCACGAUAACAGUCGCUGUCACCGCUGUAACACACCUCAGGACCCUUGUGCUAUUUGCAUGAGUGUCGACCCGCCUCCUGAGUGGGUUGCGGAACAUUCUGCUGCACACGCUGAGCAAGAAUUAGAUUUCGAAGCCACGUCUAAUUUACUAUCAUCGCGAUCCUCAAUUCGGACCGAAACUAUCCCCGAAUCCGAAGUCCAGCGAUUGGAUGGAGAGAGCUCAUUUGCUGCGCCACGACCCAAGGGCUCCGCUCUCUGGACCUGGUGCCAAGGCUGCGGGCAUGGCGGCCAUAUGGCCUGCAUCAGCAUAUGGCUGCAAGAUGUCUCCAUAAGUGAAGGUGGGUGCGCCACCGCUGGCUGCAUGCACGACUGCGGCCCUGGACCGCGGCGCGAGCACAAUCGUACGGCCACGCAAGAGGAGUCGAAACGACGCGAUUCCAGCGGCCGCAAAGCCGGGGUAGGAUUUGUGAAGCGAGACCCUUGGUCAAGAGGGGAGAGCAAGGCCGUUGAGAAAGUCCGGGGCAUGCUAGGUGUCGCAUCAGGGGGCGCAGCAAGUGCUUCGACGACUAGCAGCGGCGGUGCCGGCGGGGGAUCAUCUGGUAUGAUGUCGCCCAAGAAGGUGAGACUAGUUACACCUAGUGAGCAAGGGAAACGACGGGCUACUCGUACUAGUAUCGGAGGGGGCAGUGUGCUAAGCGGUUGA